AUGAUAAGGAUGAUGAAAAUACCGCUGCAGGCAAGUUUACGGCCUCGGCUGCCGCCAGAGCCGCCAGAGCCGAGCCCUCUGGGUUCGCCACGGGACCAGAGACAGGGCGCGCUGCCCCCGCGCCGUCCGCGCCUUCCGCGCCUGGAACCGCCGCUUGGUGGAAGCCUCAUCCGGAGCUCGGGUGGGGAGUUUGGUCCAGUGGACUCAGUGGAUCCCUGCCGCACGGAGCUUGUGGAUCCCACGGAUCCCAUGGAUUCCACGGAUUCCAUGGCGCUUGCCCGUCGCCAUGCGCGAACCAUGGUGGCUUCGACCCGAGAUCGAAAGGAUCGAAAGGAUCGAAAGGCAGUGGCAAGUGGCACCAGGACAACGUAG